CCUUCAAGUACGGCUCACUCUUAUUUACGUCUCGUCCGCGGAAAUGGUAAUCCCCUUAUCAACACCCGCUUAAUACUCCCAUGUUCACGCGGUCUCAAGGCAGUCGUGGCCAAGAGCAACAAGGAUGGGGAUGCUGCGUGCUGUACUGCUGGCAGAGUGUGCCUUGGUGCUGGCGAUGGUGCUGACUGCCCUUCCCCCCGCUAUGGGUGCUAUUGGCCGGGAAAUUGCCACUGAUCCCGACCACCCAGGGACGUGUCUUCUAAGAAGAAAGGGGAACACGGGGAUCAGAAUGAAAAAUGGGGAGGAAAGAAACCUUCCCAACUGCAUGCUUUCCGUGUGUUAUGAUAAUGGAAAAGACAUGGUCCUUCAAUAUUAUACGUGUGGGUUGGCUGGUAUAAAUGGCUGCCGCCACCCCAUCCGAGACAUGUCCAAACCUUACCCAGGCUGCUGCGAAGUGACCUGCGAGUAGCCCAAGAGACCGUCGGAUGUCGGAGCUGCCCUUAGAGCCCGCCAUCCCUGAUCUGCCGUCACUAAUUUCCUGUUAAUCUUUGAUUUUCCAUCUACAGUAAAAUUUCUUUUAAUUCUAGCCAUGUUUGUCACCCACAAAAACUGCCGGAAUAGAAAGGAGUUUUCUGUUUUAGCAUUUUUAUGUUACUUUGAAUCAUUAUUGUUGUCUGUAUUUUGGCUGUAGUCCACAAGAACAAGUGUAUCUUUUGAUGUAUAUUGAUGUAAUUAUAUUACCAUUUCAUUUAUUUCGAAAAUUGUCCAAAAGAUCCGCUCUGCAAGUAAAAAAAAAAAAAAUUCUUCGGAAAUUUGGGAUCAACAUUGAAAUUAAUAUGAAUCUAAGUCUGUAUAUCUGUCUCAAACCAAGACAACAUAGGGAGGAUGAUCAUCCACACAAACAAGAGCACACACUGAUAAUUAUCCACCUUGCCUUCAAUAUUGACCCAACUCCUUUUCUUUUUACAUGUGUGUGUACGUGUGUAAGUAUUCAGUAAUUCCGUCACAGUUGUACCGCUGGAAUGCAACUAACACGAUAUGACUGUGUCGUGUUCACCUGCACGCUUCGUUAGGAUCUGACAGUGUAACUCGGCAUCCCUGCACCUUGUUAUGUGUUGCAAUGCUUUGUCAAAUAAAAUGGCUUUGAUCUUCAUAUUCUCUCUCUUUCGAAAUACAGAACUAACCUUAUUGAAAUAGUUACACGAAGCAAGUUAAUUAAUAUAUUAUUUGGAAACUAUAUUGCAGAAGAUGUUGUAUGGAAUCACCACUUAUUAAUAAAAUGCAGACAUGUUAUACAGGUGAUACAGUCUACUUGUCCCUGUAACAUUACCCCUUUCCACUAAUUGACGAGCGCGGCGAAGACAUCCAACAAAUACCAACGUCAUGGAAUUGUCAGUCUGAAGUCAGUCGUGGCAAGGAGCAACAAGGAUGGGGAUGCUGCGUGCUGUACUGCUGGCAGAGUGUGCCUUGGUGCUGGUGAUGGUGCUGCCGGCCCUUCCCCCCGCCAUGGGUGCUGUUUACAAGGAAAUUGUCACUGAUCCAGACCACCCAGGGACGUGUCUCCUCAGAGAAAGGGGAAACAGGGGAUUAGAAUGAAAAAAGGGGAGAAAAGGACCGUUCCCCACUGCAUGGGUGUCUUCUGUAACGAUGAUGGAAAAGAUAUGGUCCUUGAUUAUCAUACGUGUGGGACCACUGAUGUACUGCUCGACUGCCGCCACCCCAUCCGAGACAUGUCCAAACCUUAUCCAUACUGCUGCUAUAUGACCUGCAAUCAGUUCAAGCAACCGUCGCGUGUCAGAGCUGAGCGCAGAGCCAGCCAUCCCUGAUCUGCCGUAACUACUUCCCUGUGAAUCUUUGAUACUCUCUUUACAGUAAAAUUUGUCUUUUGAUUCUAAUCAUAUUUGUCAUCCAAAAGAACUGCCACAAAUGAAAGGAGUUUGUUUUAGCCUUUUUGUGUUACUUCGAUUUAUUAUUGUAGUUUGUAUUUUGGCUGUAAUUCACAAUAACUUGUGGUGUAACGCUUGGUGUAUUUUAAUGUAACUCAAUUAUCAUUUCAUUUAUUUCGAAAAUUGUCCAAAAGAUCCGCUCUGCAAGUAAAAAAAAAAAAAAUUCUUCGGAAAUUUGGGAUCAACAUUGAAAUUAAUAUGAAUCUAAGUCUGUAUAUCUGUCUCAAACCAAGACAACAUAGGGAGGAUGAUCAUCCACACAAACAAGAGCACACACUGAUAAUUAUCCACCUUGCCUUCAAUAUUGACCCAACUCCUUUUCUUUUUACAUGUGUGUGUACGUGUGUAAGUAUUCAGUAAUUCCGUCACAGUUGUACCGCUGGAAUGCAACUAACACGAUAUGACUGUGUCGUGUUCACCUGCACGCUUCGUUAGGACCUGACAGUGUAACUCGGCAUCCCUGCACCUUGUUAUGUGUUGCAAUGCUUUGUCAAAUAAAAUGGCUUUGAUCUUCA